AUGAGGCAUGCAAAAAUUUGUGAUGCGCCCCUGCAGCCCACCGGGCAAGCCUUCUGGGGUGGGGGCCAGGCCCGGGAGGACUCCCUCCCGCGGGAGGAGAGGAGGAGGAGGAGGGAGGGCGUGUGCGGGGCGGGGAGCUCCCCUCCCUCCCGCCUCGCUCCCGGGGUGGCCAGAGCGUCAGCGCGCGCCAUCGCCGGCGCAGCAGGCCGGGCGGGGCGGGCGGGGGGAGGGGCGCCGCGGGGAGGGUCCCGCGCUCCGGCGCCCCAGGCCCGGCCCGAGACCCCGGCGGGCGGCGGCGGCGGCGGCGGGGCUCCCCCCACGGUGCUCGGGGCCGGGAUGUCGGCAGCGGGCGUCCAGGGCGGGCCGGCAGCCGGGGCCGGGGUCGGAGCCGGGGCGUCGCCCUCCGCGCCCCCCCGCGCGGGGCCCCCCCAGGGCCCCGGCUCGGCCGAGUCGACCCGCAUCGCGCUCAAGAAGGCGCAGCUGCGCGCGGCCCCCCGGGCCCAGAAACUGGAGAAACUCGGCGUGUACUCCGCCUGCAAGGCCGAGGAAUCUUGUAAAUGUAAUGGCUGGAAAAACCCCAACCCUUCUCCACCCCCUCCCAGAGCUGAUCUUCAACAGAUCAUUGUCAGUCUGACUGAAUCCUGCCGGAGUUGUAGCCAUGCCCUAGCUGCUCAUGUUUCCCAUUUGGAGAAUGUUUCCGAGGAAGAAAUGAAUAGACUUCUGGGAAUAGUGUUGGAUGUGGAAUAUCUCUUUACCUGUGUUCAUAAGGAAGAAGAUGCUGAUACCAAACAAGUUUAUUUCUACUUAUUCAAGCUCUUGAGGAAGUCUAUCUUACAAAGAGGAAAACCUGUGGUUGAAGGCUCUUUGGAGAAGAAACCCCCCUUUGAAAAACCCAGUAUUGAACAGGGUGUGAAUAACUUUGUACAGUACAAAUUCAGUCACCUGCCAUCCAAAGAAAGGCAAACAAUAAUCGAGCUGGCAAAAAUGUUCUUAAAUCGCAUCAAUUACUGGCAUCUCGAGGCACCAUCUCAACGAAAACUGCGAUCGCCCAAUGAUGAUAUUUCUGGGUACAAAGAGAACUACACAAGGUGGCUGUGUUACUGCAAUGUACCACAGUUCUGUGACAGUCUACCUCGGUAUGAAACCACCCAGGUCUUUGGGAGGACAUUGCUCCGUUCGGUCUUCACUGUUAUGCGGCGGCAGCUCCUGGAACAAGCAAGACAGGAGAAAGACAAACUGCCCCUGGAGAAACGAACUCUAAUCCUCACCCAUUUUCCAAAGUUCCUAUCCAUGUUAGAAGAAGAAGUUUAUAGUCAAAACUCACCCAUCUGGGAUCAGGAUUUUCUCUCAGCAUCUGCCAGAACCAGCCAGCUAGGAAUCCAAACAGUUAUCAGUCCUCCCCCUGUGGCUGGGACAAUUACAUACAACUCAAAUUCAACAUCCAUAGAGCAACUGAAUGGAGGGAGCCCCAGUCCUUCCUGCAAAACCUCUUCUGGGCUUGAGGUAACCCCAGGUGAAAAGAGGAAAUUGAAUGAUUCUCAUGUUCCAGAGGAGGUCAAGAAACCCCGGGUUAUGGGGGAUAUUCCGAUGGAAUUAAUCAAUGAGGUCAUGUCUACCAUCACAGACCCUGCAGCCAUGCUUGGACCAGAGACGAAUUUUCUGUCUGCACAUUCGGCUCGAGACGAGGCAGCAAGGCUGGAGGAGCGCAGAGGCGUGAUUGAAUUUCAUGUAGUUGGCAAUUCCCUGAACCAGAAACCCAAUAAGAAGAUUCUGAUCUGGCUCGUGGGCUUGCAGAAUGUGUUCUCCCAUCAGUUGCCCCGAAUGCCCAAAGAAUACAUCACACGGCUGGUCUUUGAUCCGAAACACAAAACUCUUGCUUUAAUUAAAGAUGGCCGUGUUAUUGGUGGAAUUUGUUUCCGAAUGUUUCCAUCUCAAGGAUUCACAGAGAUUGUUUUCUGUGCUGUAACCUCAAAUGAACAAGUCAAGGGCUAUGGAACUCACCUGAUGAAUCAUUUGAAGGAAUAUCAUAUAAAACAUGACAUUUUGAACUUCCUCACUUAUGCAGAUGAAUAUGCUAUUGGAUAUUUUAAGAAACAGGGCUUUUCCAAAGAAAUUAAAAUUCCUAAAAUCAGAUAUGUUGGUUACAUCAAAGAUUAUGAAGGAGCCACGUUAAUGGGAUGUGAACUAAAUCCACGAAUCCCAUACACAGAAUUUUCUGUCAUCAUUAAAAAGCAGAAGGAGAUCAUCAAAAAGCUGAUAGAAAGAAAACAAGCUCAGAUUAGAAAAGUUUAUCCUGGACUUUCAUGUUUUAAAGAUGGAGUUCGACAGAUUCCAAUAGAAAGCAUUCCUGGAAUUAGAGAGACAGGCUGGAAACCGAGUGGAAAAGAGAAAAGUAAAGAGCCCAAAGACCCUGACCAGCUUUAUAGCACCCUCAAAAGCAUCCUCCAGCAGGUAAAGAGCCACCAAAGUGCUUGGCCCUUCAUGGAACCAGUGAAGAGAACAGAAGCUCCGGGAUAUUAUGAAGUUAUAAGGUUCCCUAUGGAUCUGAAAACCAUGAGUGAACGCCUCAAGAAUAGGUACUAUGUGUCUAAGAAAUUAUUCAUGGCAGACUUACAGCGAGUUUUUACCAACUGCAAGGAAUACAACCCCCCUGAGAGUGAAUACUACAAAUGUGCCAAUAUUCUGGAGAAAUUCUUCUUCACUAAAAUUAAGGAAGCUGGAUUAAUCGACAAGUGAUUCUUUUUCCUCUGCUUCUUAGAAACUCAUCGAGCAGUGUGCCUCAAGCAAGGAGGUUUCGUUUUACAAAGAAUUGGACAUAAUGUAGUGAAGAUAUUUGUCAAUGUAAUAAUUAGCACUUUUGAAAAACAGAAACCUCUUAGUUUUUCAGAUAUGUAUUUAAAUUGAAGUCAUAGAACAUUUUUAUUUUAUUGAAUAGAUUUUAAUCUAUUUACUAUUUACUAUUAAUGUUCAUUUUCCUAUGGCAUGUCCAUUCGUUGAAAUAUUCAAUAAUAGAUGAUCAGGGGUUUCCUCAAAACCCUUAUGUGAGGAAAUUGCACAUAGUACCAAGAUUUGGGGGAAUUGAGGAAAUAUUCAGACUGUGAAUGUUUCUUUCCAUUAUUUUCCCUAAUGGAAUGUGAGAGUUUUAUGUUUAUUUUAUUCUGAAGGACUGUAAAGAAGGGGGGAAGCCUGAUUUAAAAAAGAACAACCCAUAAAAGGUGAAAUAUGUGAAACUUGAAAUCACAUUAUAGACUUAUAUUUUUUUAAAAAAACACUUAUCUAGAUGAGGUGCUUUGAGCAGUUCUGAAAAAUGCAGUUCCAGAAGAGCAACUGCACGGAUUCCUACGAAUGACCUUCUAAAUAAUAUUAAACUUUUUAAAGAAGCAUUUGGGGUUUUGAUAAUUCAACCUACCACAGACUUGUGAGCGCAUAACCACUAUUUUAAUAAUUAUUUUCUCUACACAAAGGUGUAAAAUUCUAUUUGACUUUGUUUAUACAGGCCAUACAUUUUAAAAAGGUAAAACAGCCUAGGCCACAAAGCUGUUUUACACCACAGUGGUGGGACUUGAAAACACUUGAGAUUUAAUAGAAAAAGAUCUAUAAUCUAUAUUUAAACUCAGUCCGUUAAAUCCUCUUUCUAAUCACUCAUGAUGCAUCCUUUCCAAGGUCCUUUUUCCUUGAUACCCUCAACCCCUCAGGUAAUAUAUAUUUGCAACUCCAGGCUAUAAUCGUUUUAUGAGGCGAAUUACCAUCAAUAGGUUUUGUCAGUAUUUUAACAUCUACACUGGUAUAUAGGUAUUAUCCCACUAAAAUUUAUCAUCCAAUUUGCUUGGAAUUCCAGCUUAGUUAGUUAAUACUUGGAUGAUUUCCCAAUAAACACUACAUAAAAAAAAAGUAAUAAUUGCCAUCCCAGCUCUGGGAGAGUCAACAUAAAACAAAAUGAAGACAAACUCGAUGGUCUUGACACUAAUUUUUAUGACACAAAUUUAUAAACUGAUUUUUGUAAAGGACUAGGUUUUAAAAGCAUAUUUCACUGGAUGUUUUCUACUUGCAUAAGUAAAGUAUCAUCGAAAUAGUUGUUUAAACCAGUUGUCAGAGAAUCUUUGCACAUAGGAAAAAAAAACCAGCAAAUGGCUGUUAAGUUGAAAUGUUUUGACAUGUUAGGAAUAUUCAGAAUGCUCACAAUGAAAAAAAAAAACCCUCAGUUUUCUUAAGAAACUACCUUGAGUGGCAUCUAGAUUUCUAAUGAAGAAUGAUGAUACAGUUUGAAGGAAGUAUCGAGGACUGUUUCAGAUAGUGCUUUGUACCGGAUCUGCUGAAGCAUCAGUCCAGUUUGGAUUCCUGUGAAAGUUUGUUAUUUUCUGUGUAGACAUUCUUAUCGAGUAUUGUCUUUAAAAUCAGACAGUCUCUUCUAUAUUGAAAGCAUUUUUAUGUUUUCUAAUUUAAAAAUUAAUAUUUUCUUAUAGAUAUUGUGCAAUAAAGCUCAAGUAGGCUGUGUGGUUUUUUGCAGAUGCUUUAACAACUGAUAAAAUUUUACAUUUGUAAAAUUAAUAUAUUGUACUGGUACAAAAUAGUUUUAAAUUAUAUUUUAAAAAGUU